AUGUCUGACGAGACGACGGAGGAGAGGCGAGAGCAGCAGCAGCAGCAGCAGCAGCAGCCGUGGGAGAGGAAACCGGUGGUGAAUUUCAGCCGGCCGAGAUUCCAUACGGCCGGGAGCAGCGGCGGCAGCAGUGAUAAGACGUCGUCGUCGUCGUCGUCGUCGUCUACGAAAGCGCAAGCGCAGGCGAGCGAUGAUGGAAUCUCCCGUGGAACGCCUUCGUCUUCUUCUGCUUCCUCUUCUUCUCCCGCUUCUUCGCGACGAGAUUCAAACGAAAGCAUCGUCACGGUCCGAGCGGUGAAUGCCUUCCACCAACCCCCGUCCUCCCUGCCGAGCGAACCGCGCUUCUCCCUCGGAGAAGAAGAAGAAGGGGAGGGAGAAGAUCCGAGGACGCAGAAGAUUCCCGUUGAGAGCGAAGGCGGAGAGGAAGAGGGAAGGGGAAAGGAAACGGGAAUCCACGCCUCGUCUGGAUUCGCCUGGGAUGAAAGGAGAGGGGGAUUGGUCGAUCGCAUCGCCGCGGGGCCUUCUAUGAGCGUGCCAGAGGAAGAAGAAGAAGAAGAAGAAGAAGAAGAAGAGCAGAGGAGGAAUGCGUCCUCCUCCUCUUCCUCCUCCGCAGCAGCAGGAGCAAGCAGGAAAGACAGCCACGCUUCGGAUACCUCUACCACCUCUACAACUUCCACCACAUCCGACCGAAAAUCCUCCCUCUCCUCCAUCCCCCAACCCCCCACCACCAGCACCAGCACCCCCCUCACCGCCACCCUCACCACCCGCCCCCUCAAAUCCAUCCUCAAACACACCACCCUCUCUCAGCAUUCCUCCUCACGCGCCUCCUCCUCCUCCGCCGGCGAGGGUCUCACCUCGCACCACACCGUCUCCGAAAGCGGCGGCGGCGGCGAUGGCUUUUCCAGCGGCGGCAAAAAUUGGACAUCCUCCGACCACGACACGAGCAUGCUGAGCGACAAGGAACGCAAGAAAUUGGAAAAAAAGGGCGUCAACCCCGCGCUGUAUGCGGAGAUGAAGGCUGCGAAGAGGCAGGCGGGGAAGAGUUGUAUUGGCGGACUGACGGGGAAUGCGUAUGUUAGUUAG